AUGUACAUCUUUCCCGGGCUUGGUUUGGGUGCGAUACUGUGCCGCGCCAAGAACGUGACGGAUAGUAUGGUACAAGCGUCUGCGCUCGGAUUAGCGGGCUCUCUUUCAUGGGAUGAACGGGCACUAGAGCUCGUGUACCCCCGUAUCGAGCGCAUCAGGGAGAUCAGUGCACACAUCGCUGUCAAGGUGAUACGGGCAGCGCAGAAGGCGGGCGUGGACAACUCGACGGAUCUGAAGAGAAUGGAUGAUACGCUCUUAUUAGAGUUUGUCAAGGGCAAGAUGUGGAACCCUUAA